AGGAGUCAGGUUCUGGUGGGCAGUGUCGGUGGCUGGCCUGGCUCUUCGUCCCAGGGAGGAGGCUCUGAGCCGGCUGGGGUUGAGCGCCCCUGCGGCCGCAGGCACCCCUGAGCCGCACUCCGCACGCUGUUCCUGAAUCUCCCCUCCAGAACCGGAGCAGUGUCUCUACCCAGUUCAGUGACCUUCGUCUGUCUGAGCCCUGGUUAAUUUUUGCUCAGUCUGCAGGCUGUGGGGCUCCUCCCCUUCAGGGAUAUAAGCCUGGUCCGAAGCUGCCCUGUCCCCUGCCCAUCCUGAGCCUCCCUGAGCUCCCUUCUCACCCUCACCAUGGCCAAAGGAUUCUACAUUUCCAAGGCCCUGGGCAUCCUGGGCAUCCUCCUCGGUGUGGCGGCCGUGGCCACCAUCAUCGCUCUGUCUGUGGUGUAUGCUCAGGAGAAGAACAAGAAUGCCAAUCAUGUCCCCCAGGCCCCCACAUCGCCCACCAUCACCACCACAGCCGCCAUCACCUUGGACCAGAGCAAGCCGUGGAACAGGUACCGCCUACCCACAACGCUAUUGCCUGAUUCCUACAACGUGACGCUGAGACCCUACCUCACUCCCAACGCGGAUGGCCUGUACAUCUUCAAGGGCAAAAGCAUCGUCCGCUUCAUCUGCCAGCAGCCCACCGAUGUCAUCAUCAUCCAUAGCAAGAAGCUCAACUACACCACCCAGGGGCACAUGGUGGUCCUGCGGGGCGUGGGGGACUCCCAGGUCCCGGAGAUCGACAGGACUGAGCUGGUAGAGCUCACUGAGUACCUGGUGGUCCACCUCAAGGGCUCGCUGCAGCCCGGCCGCAUGUACGAGAUGGAAAGUGAAUUCCAGGGGGAACUUGCCGACGACCUGGCAGGCUUCUACCGCAGCGAGUACAUGGAGGGCAACGUCAAAAAGGUGCUGGCCACGACACAGAUGCAGUCUACAGAUGCCCGGAAAUCCUUCCCAUGCUUUGACGAGCCGGCCAUGAAGGCCACGUUCAACAUCACUCUCAUCCACCCUAACAACCUCACGGCCCUGUCCAAUAUGCCGCCCAAAGGUUCCAGCACUCCGCUUGCAGAAGACCCCAACUGGUCUGUCACGGAGUUCGAAACCACACCUGUGAUGUCCACGUACCUUCUGGCCUACAUCGUGAGCGAGUUCAAGAGCGUGAAUGAAACGGCCCAAAAUGGUGUCCUGAUCCGGAUCUGGGCUCGGCCUAAUGCAAUUGCAGAGGGCCAUGGCAUGUAUGCCCUGAAUGUGACAGGUCCCAUCCUAAACUUCUUUGCCAAUCAUUAUAAUACACCCUACCCACUCCCCAAAUCCGACCAGAUUGCCUUGCCCGACUUCAAUGCCGGUGCCAUGGAGAACUGGGGGCUGGUGACCUACCGGGAGAACGCGCUGAUGUUUGACCCGCAGUCCUCCUCCAUCAGCAACAAAGAGCGAGUGGUCACUGUGAUUGCUCACGAGCUGGCCCACCAGUGGUUUGGCAACCUGGUGACCCUGGCCUGGUGGAAUGACCUGUGGCUGAAUGAGGGCUUUGCCUCCUACGUGGAGUACCUGGGUGCUGACCACGCAGAGCCCACCUGGAAUCUGAAAGACCUCAUCGUGCCAGGCGACGUGUACCGAGUGAUGGCUGUGGAUGCUCUGGCUUCUUCCCACCCGCUGACCACCCCUGCUGAGGAGGUCAACACACCUGCCCAGAUCAGCGAGAUGUUUGACUCCAUCUCCUACAGCAAGGGAGCCUCGGUUAUCAGGAUGCUCUCCAACUUCCUGACUGAGGACCUGUUCAAGGAGGGCCUGGCGUCCUACUUGCAUGCCUUUGCCUAUCAGAACACCACCUACCUGGACCUGUGGGAGCACCUGCAGAAGGCUGUGGAUGCUCAGACGUCCAUCAGGCUGCCAGACACUGUGAGAGCUAUCAUGGAUCGCUGGACCCUGCAGAUGGGCUUCCCUGUCAUCACCGUGGACACCAAGACAGGAAACAUCUUCCAGAAGCACUUCCUCCUCAACUCCGAAUCCAACGUCACCCGCCCCUCAGCGUUCAACUACCUCUGGAUUGUUCCCAUCUCAUCUAUUAAAAAUGGUGUGAUGCAGGAUCACUACUGGCUGCAGGACGUUCCCCAAGCCCAGAAUGAUUUGUUCAAAACCGCAUCGGACGAGUGGGUCUUGCUGAACAUCAACGUGACAGGCUAUUUCCAGGUGAACUACGACGAGGACAACUGGAGGAUGAUUCAGCAUCAGCUGCAGAUAAACCCGUCGGUCAUCCCUGUCAUCAAUCGGGCUCAGGUCAUCUACGACAGCUUCAACCUGGCCACUGCCCACAUGGUCCCUGUCACCCUGGCGCUGAACAACACCCUCUUCCUGAACAAAGAGAAAGAGUACAUGCCCUGGCAGGCCGCCCUGAGCAGCCUGAGCUACUUCAGCCUCAUGUUCGACCGCUCCGAGGUCUAUGGCCCCAUGAAGAAAUACCUCAGGAAGCAGGUCGAACCCCUCUUCCAACAUUUCGAAACUCUCACUAAAAACUGGACCGAGCGCCCAGAAAAUCUGAUGGACCAGUACAAUGAGAUUAAUGCCAUCAGCACUGCCUGCUCCAAUGGAUUGCCUCAAUGUGAGAAUCUGGCCAAGACCCUUUUCGACCAGUGGAUGAAGGACCCAGAAAAUAACCCGAUCCACCCCAACCUGCGGUCCACCAUCUACUGCAAUGCCAUAGCCCAGGGCGGCCAGGACCAGUGGGACUUUGCCUGGGGGCAGUUACAACGAGCCCAGCUGGUAAAUGAGGCUGACAAACUCCGCUCAGCGCUGGCCUGCAGCAACGAGGUCUGGCUCCUGAACAGGUAUCUGGGUUACACCCUGAACCCGGACCUCAUUCGGAAGCAAGACGCCACCUCCACUAUUAACAGCAUUGCCAGCAAUGUCAUCGGGCAGCCUCUGGCCUGGGAUUUUGUCCAGAGCAACUGGAAGAAGCUCUUUCAGGACUAUGGCGGUGGUUCCUUCUCCUUCUCCAACCUCAUCCAGGCUGUGACCCGAAGAUUCUCCUCCGAGUUUGAGCUGCAGCAGCUGGAGCAGUUCAAGGAGAACAACAUGGACGUGGGCUUCGGCUCCGGCACCCGGGCUCUGGAGCAAGCCCUGGAGAGGACCAAGGCCAACAUCAAGUGGGUGAAGGAGAACAAGGAGGUGGUGUUGAAUUGGUUCAUACAGCACAGCAAAUAGUGCCUGGUCCUUCCCGCCACCGGGCCCCCUGCACAAGAUGCCCGCAUGUGUCCAUCCCAGGGCCCACGGCAGGGCCCACGUUCCUGAAGCCCGAGGCACCUGCGUCCUCCCUUUAGGGACAAAGCCUGUGGCCCAUGUUAUCUCCAUUCUGCCCUGGGGGCCAAUCCAGUUUCUGGUGACCAGACUGUCCAGGUGUCUCCCAGCCACUGCUCCUUGUGCCAACCCCACCCUGGGCCUGGCCCAGGACCCUUCUCAGGGAAGUCCAGCUCCAGGGCCAGAUGAGCAGAAGCCCUUGAUGGAUGAUGGAUGGCCUUGGAGAACUGCCCUCUACCCUCUCUCCCCUUUUUCCAUAAAGACCCUGAACCUGAGAAUCAACAGGGCAUCAGAUCUGUAUAUUUUUUUUCUAGGAGUAAAUGUAAAUAAAGGAUUUCUAGAUGA